AUGUCACGGCGCAUGUUUCCAUUGUCGCUCGAAGACACUCUACGCCAUGUCUUGCGACAAGGUCUAGAAUACGAACCGAGUGGUGCCGCGAUCCAAGCCAUUGUGUUCGAAGUUCUUUAUGGAACCCCUCUUCGCCUCGAAUGCCCUCUGACCGUCCCGACAACAUUACCGACUGUAACCCCCGAGCCUUCUGUCGAGCAUCUUAUGCCCUCCCACACUUCAAAUCGUUCUCCGAUACGCCCAAGACCCUCCCUCGCAAGAGAGCGGGAAGUCAAUAAUGAGAGUCUAUCGUACGAACACUCAAUCUCGCGCCAUACCGACAUACCCUUAGACGAACAGACUCAUGUGCCGGGCGACGUAGCCGCACCCUUGGAAGAUGAUGAUAACAAGAGACAGAGUACCUCGACACGCGAUAAUAUGAAAGACACUACCUCCAAAACCGAUGACCAUGAGCGUGGUAACUCUACACGCGGUCGUGGACGUGGAUAUGGGCGUGAUCGCAGAUAUGGGCGUGGCCGUGGCCGUGGCGGCAGUCGCGGUCGUGGUCGUGCAGGGAAAAGGCCCGAUACCGUCUACUCGUCACCAACGGACACAAUAGUGCUCGAGAGCCCAAACCAAAUAUCGGAGCAAAAUAUCUCUUCUUCGGUGAACAGGGCUGACAAUCUAUCGCCACUCUUCAACAUGAUUGAGGAUUUCGUGGAACGAAUGUCUAACGAUGUGUCUCGCCCGCCCUCACCCACCACCGUCGACACUGCGACUGUGAAUCAGAACAUCUCACGACAGAACGAAAAUUCAGAUCGUACAUCUAGCCAUGACACCGGCAUUCCGAGAUCUCGUGAGAAUACGUCUUCUCCUGUGAAUACUGUAUUCUCUGAGACUACGAGGUCCAAAGGGAAACUCAACAAAUAUCGAUCGAACUUAACACCUGAAGCGGAGACUGCACACCACGAUUCUCGACAUGUCGCCACGCGUGGUCUCAUGUCGUCGAAUAACGGACCUAAUACAACCAAGGUCGGCCAUUCCAAGCGUAAACAGCGCUCUCCACCUCGGGCGUCCGACAUUGCAACCGAGCACGAACACUACCCUGCUCAGCAGCCCUCGAUAUCCACCCUCACGUCGCUCGAGAACGAACCCGAUAGGACAAGAGCCGAUCGUCGCAAGCGUAAAAGAUAUUCUCCGCCCUCAGCAGUUACCACCACGCCGUCUGUCACGACAUCUCGAGCCGAGAUUGGACGUCCCGAUUCUCGAUGUCUCUCUGUGUCCAGCCUCACAGUAUCAAAGACCGUGCCCGACACGACAAGAGUCGACCAUCCUGAGCGCGAGCGGAACUCUUUAUCGAAAGCAGUCAAGCUUGACAGCAUUAAAGGCAACACACAGACCAGAAUCAAGACCGGCAUUACACCAUCGGAAGACCAUGGUUAUCGAGAUCUCGAUCAGCUAGUAAAGGCUUCUGAGAUGAUCGGUUAUAUCUAG